AUGGGACCAAAAUGCGACAAGCCUUUAGGACUGAAAAAUGGCCGCAUUCGUGCAAACCAACUUACUGCUUCUUCCAGCUGGGACAAGAACCACGCACCCAACAACGGCAGGCUUCAUUUCCGCCGCGUUGGUCAUCGAAUGGGGGCCUGGUGCGCGCGACAUAACAACCGUCUCCAGUGGUUUCAGGUUUUCUUUGGUCGCCCCACUCGGGUGGUGAAGAUUGCCACACAAGGACGACAGGAUGCCCGUCAAUGGGUGACUCAGUACUAUUUGUCAUACAGUCAGGAUGGAAUACACUAUGCAGAAUUUAAGAAGAACAGCAAUCGAAAGUAUUUUACGGGGAACAGGGAUCAGAACAGUAUUGUCCAUCACGGUCUCUACCCUAAUAUCAAAGCUUACAUAAUCAGAGUUCACCCAUGGGGAUGGUACAGACAUAUCUCCAUGAGAGUGGAAUUCUAUGGAUGCACAGAAGAUCGUUGUGCUAUGCCACUUGGUUUAGAAGACAAACGCGUGCCAAAUGGUCAUCUCACAGCUUCUACUUACUACAAUCAUCAUUUGUCUCCUUGGCACGGCAGACUAAACAGCCGCUGGUCAUGGAGUGUGCGAACGAGACGGGUUGGGGAAUGGUUUCAAGUGAAUUUUGUAGAGCUGAUGCGCAUAAAAGGCGUGGCCACCCAGGGAAGACAGGAUGCCGCUCAGUGGGUGAGAGCAUAUUCAGUCCGUUACAGCCCAGAUGGAAUGAAUUUUAUACCCUACAAGGAGAACCGUGGUGUCAAGGGUAAUACUCCAAGUAGGAAAUAA